UAUGACGUCGUGCUGCGCAGCGCGACUAUUUUCACUUGUGAUAGGCAGGCGACAUUUUGUUUUGAUUUUGUGACGCAAGCUACAAUUUAUAGUAUUGAAAAUGCCAUUAAACGCUGCAGGAUGGACAACAGAGGAGGAUGAAAAACUUAUCGAAUUAGUGCAACCACAUGGACAUUUGUACUGUUGGUUGGAUCCCUCACGGAAAAACAUUUUAACACGUGAAAAGACUUGGCAAGAAAUAGCAAAAGAACUGUUUAAGCCAGUUGAAGAAUGUAAGAAAAGAUGGAGAGGUCUUCGAGAUGGCUAUACACGAAGCAAAAGAAUGGGCACAAUACACAGAUCAAAGGUGCCAAUAUUUGAAAAACUACUAUUUUUAGACAGUAUGCCACUAUUAGAAUCAGUAUCGUCAGAAGUGGAUGCAGGACCAGAGAAGACGGACAUAAUACUUGAUGAAAGUGAUACUGUAGGCGAGGAGCAAGUUAUCACUGAACAAAAUAAUGUUAUAACAGAUAAUCAAGAGUAUUAUGAGAUUACUCUUGUCGAUGGCCCACACCAGGAAACAGAUGCAAAACCACAAAUAAUAAAAAUCGUUCCUAAAAAACUUCAUUUAGAAACAGAGAACGAAAUAGAAGGUGCCCCACCGAAAAAAAUUGGGAGGAAAAAUGCUGGACGAAAAAAGUCAGUGCCACUGCCGAGAAAUAUACCACCUAUAAAAAUACUACCUAAACCUAUAGUAAUGAGUGAACCUAGAAUAAUAAAAUGUGUAGAUGAUACUAAAAGUACUGAACAAAGAUCACAGGUCAUAGAUAAAUUAAUUGAAAAAGUAUUAAAAGAGAGCACUAACGAAAUUGAUGUGUUCUUCCGAAGCAUGGCUGCUAGCGUUAAAAAAUUGCAACCUAAUUUAAUUCCUAAAGUCAAAAUGGAAGUCUGUAAUGUCAUUGCCAAAUAUGAAAUGCAGAGUUUCGACAAAAAUGUACAAAACAUUUCGAUGUGAUAUGUUUGUCAUACAAAGUAUGUAAUUAAAAUAAAAUAGAUUAUAGUUUUAUUUGUAACAAUAACCAGUAAUCUUUAUUAAGAAAAAUCAACCAAAGAUACAUAUAUUCUGCAUUUGGAUAAAAAGCAUUUGAUUUUGAUUGAAAAACAUUGAGAAAGACCAACCAGUGAAACGGGUCCAAUGUAGAGGCAGUUUUCCGCUGUUGUUAAAUUUUACAGUAAUUUAUGUAAAAGAGAAACUAUCAACAACUGCGAAACAGUUCCUCAUGGGGUUGUGCCAAUUUAUAUUAAUUUAUAUAUUGCAAAGUUUUUUGUCUUAACUUCUUUGACUGACUGUUUUAAAUUAUUUAUGGUCAUUCCAAUCAAAUCUAUUUAUUACAUAUAUAUAAAUUCUAUUAAAAAAGGUCAGAUACUGUUCUUUGUAAAUAUUAUUGUAGUGUAUCAUUAACUAAUUCUAAAUUAGAAUAAUAUUGAGUCUUGUUGAACAUAUGACAACAUAUACAUAAACUUUGUUGUUACGAAAUCAAAUUAUCUAUUGAUAAAAUUGCAUUAUUGUUUAUAAAUUUGAGUUUAUAUUAACACAGUGAUAUAUACUAAGCGAUCACCUAUGUUUUAAUCGUCAUUUAAUAAUAGAAGGUAAUAAUAAGAAAAGUAUACAUGUUUACGGUGUAUUUGUUGCUAUUGUUAAGAAUAAAGAAAAUAAAUCUUAUUAAAAGAAUAUUCUAAA